AUGGAAGAUAAGAACGAGGCGGGUGGUGUGGGGUGGGCGGUGGCGGCGGUGGAGGAGAGGGUGGAGGUGGCUGCGUCAAGUCCACAAGCCGAUGAGAAUUCGGAGGUGCAUUAUUUACUGGGCCGGAUGUUGGGCACGUACUACGACGAUGAGAUAUAUGCCAGCGUGGAUAUGCGCACUUUAUUCCGGCGAAUUGCUGAAUCAGUCUGUGCCAACAUCGUGUGUUUGGUUGAAGGCUUAACGAGUCUCCUCGUUGUCCAAGACACUCCUGUUUCUCGCCUACCCAAUUUGCGUCAAUUUGUGCAAAGUCGUGAGGUCGAAGACUGGAACGGAAGUCAGAUGACAACUGUGUCGGAUGCCUUCGUCAAAGUGUUUGCACCGCCCACGAAUAACAGCAGCCAGAGCGGACCGGCAGCAAAUGACGAAAUUUACCUGGCCGAAUUCCCUCCACCAGACACAAAAAGUAAUGUUUACUGGAGGAAUCCUGGCCCUAUAAUUAGAAGUUAUCGCGAGACUGACACAGCCAUGUACUUUUCGGUGCAAACAAAGACACGUGACAAAGACACGAGUCGGGUAAUUUGUCCGCAAAUCGAGGCAGUCUUUGGCUCUGUCUGUCCGUCUGUCGGAGGUGUGCGUUUUGCGAGGAGUGGAGAGGAGGCGUCUUGUGUCGUGGAUGUCCGUCCAGCACACAACCAGUCCAAUGCCCAACCACCACUAUCACCAACUCCACUUAACAUCAACGCCGGACUUUGUGCGCUGGCAUGGAAUCGACCAUCAUUGUCACCGCACAACAAUCAAUUAACUCUCAGGCGUUCACCUGAAGACAAGCUCUCGACAAUGACACAGCAGAAGAGCCCUCUUAACACAAGUCACUCCUGUCAAAACAGCAGAUUUAACACCGAAAUGGUACGACAGAAUCAUCCAUCGUUGUACCUCGAUGGAACGAAGUUGGUUUGUGCUCAAAAUGUACGUGGAGUUCAGCAAAGUGGUGGAGUUGAACUGGACGCGGCAUUUACUACGGCAGUGGUUUUCUUAGAAGCAGUUAACCGACUCGAAGCAACGAACAGCUGA